GCUCGAUAAAUUGUAAAACAGUUACCACGCGGCCAGAUCGUGUAUGGAUGAACAAAAACACAUAGGCUGACAGACAUUUUAGAACUGCUUCUGUAUAACCAAAUAUUUCAUUCUUAUUCCUGAAUUUGUAUUAAUAAUGUUGUGAUUGGAAAAUAGUCACAUGUCAAAAAUGAAUAGAGAGCCCCCUAAAAAUGUGUACAGCAACAACAGACUUAGGAAAAUUGCACCUGCUGCAGAUCAUGGCACUACAAGUCGAUCGUCUCAUCAUCAGCAUACUUCUGCUCCCGACAACAGCGUUGUGAGGAUCAGCAACAAACCUCGGGAAACAAAAGUGGACAGAUCUCUACAUUUCAACAAAAGCCAAUCGAAAUAUCAAAAACAUUUUGAGCCCAAUUCACCAACUAAAACUUUGAGUGAGGUAAAGGCGCCCAAAAGGUUAAAUGAAGGUCCUGUUAUGAGACAGUCUCUACUCAACUUGAAACAUCCAUCUCGUCCAGGAGAUUUGGGUAUUCCACUUGCACACAGUUAUGUCCAAAGAAAGGUUUCCAAUAAUACACAAUCCCUUCAUCAACCAAUUGACAAAAAGCCAAGGAAAAAUUUUGACUAUUUAGAACAACAAAGUUCCUCCUUUGGCGUGAAACGUGGUCGACUGCAUUCAGAUAAUCUCCCCGUUUGGAGUCCGUUUCAAGAUUCUCCUAAGCAAUUGCCUGACGAGGUUUCCCGCAGUGAACUGUUGAGUGUGAAUGAACAUGUCCAAGGUUUUAAGACAGCUCUUGCAGAUACCUUUGAGGAAGUUGUCAAGGACAAUCCUGAAUUUGUGACGGCUACUUUGAGAGCCAAAGAAGAAUUGCUUAAGAAACUACGAUCGUACGCACAAAGACAGCACGAGCCAGAGGUUGACGAGGAUCAUAUCGACGACAUGGACGAGGUUAUCGGCGAAUCGGCAAUCUCAGUCCCUGAGCAGCUGAAGGAUUCUUACCGUGUACCGUUUGAUUCCAUGUCCAAUCGGUCACAGGAUACUAGUGUAUUCUCUGGAGAGUCGAGCCAACUGAAAACACCGCUACCUUUGACCUCGAACUUUGUGGCGACAGCACACUCAUCAGCGGCACCUGCUGCUCAUCGUUUCAAAUCUAAUUUUACACCUCGCCAAUUCCUGCCCCGUUUUCAACGAGGAUUAGGAAUGAGCAGUAACGGCAGUGUCCCAUUGGCAUCCGAUACAGUUUCGUCUAAAGGGUCAUUGGAGGGAAAUCUUUCUUUGAGCCAACAUCACUAUAAGGACUACCCAGAAGAUAAAUCCGAGUCAUUUGAUUCCCGUCUACCUACAUCCAAUCGAGAUAAGCAGCCUUAUUACCCUCAGUACUAUUCUUUGUCGCAUUUUCAAGAUCAUUCAAACAAUAGGCCUUACUAAAGUCCAUAGAAGAUUUUUUUUAAAACGAAACGCGUCUAAAUUUGAAGUACAUUUUCCUUUUUUUCCUUUUUUUUGCAGUAUAUAAUGUAACAUGAGAAUGAGCAGUGUCGAUACUCAAAUUCAUUUUAGGGACAGUUUUCAUGUUUUAAACCUUGUUUGACAUUAGGGUGGAGAACGUUUCGAAUUUUAUUUUUUUGUUGAAAUCAGCACAAUACAAACCGCCGGUCGAUUGCAA